GGAAGCGGCCGCGCCCCUCUCUUGCUCCGUCUCCCACCACCACCACAACACGUCGCAUCCGCAAUCCAAGAUGGCCGCCUUCAUGCGCAUGCUCCACGCCUCGUCGUCGACGCUGCCGCGCCAGUGCGCGAGCGCCGCCGUGCUCUUUGCCACGGGCGACACCAUCGCCCAGCAGGCCGUCGAGAAGCGCGGCGCCAACCACGACCUCGUGCGCACGGCGCGCCUCGCCACGUACGGCGGCGCCAUCUUUGCGCCCAUCAUGAGCACGUGGUUCGGCAAGGUGCUGGAGCGCGUCAACACUGGCAGCCGCGCAGGCAACAUCGCUACCAAGCUGGCACUCGACCAGCUCCUCAUGUCGCCAGUGAUCAUCUGCGUCUUCUUCACCUCCACGACGCUGAUGGAGGGCAAGAGCCUGGAGGAGGCCAAGGCCAAGAUCAAGAAGUCCUGGGGCCCGACGUACAAGGCGGCGCUGGGUGUGUGGGCGCCGGUGCAGGCGCUCAACUUUGCCGUCGUGCCGGUCAACCUGCGGCUGCUCUUCGUGAACGCCGUGUCGGUGGGCUGGAACACGUACCUGAGCGUGCAAUCCGCAGGCGGCCAGAACGAGGCCAAGAUCGACGCCAAGGUCGACCGGCUCGAGGCGCCCAUCGUGUCGCGCCUGCAGGACGCGGCACACGAGGCCAAGAAGGCCGGCCAGUCGCUCGAGCAGUGGCUCGAGAAGGAGGGCGGCGAGCUCAAGAACGCCGUCAGCAACGCCGGCCACGAGGGGCUCUCGACGCUCGAGGAUGUCAAGCGGCAGGCCGAGAAGCGCUUCGCCGAGCUGCGCAAGUGAGGCGGUCGUCGCUGCGUCUGCGCUGCUAAUAUUCCCGUGCUGCAACAUCUCCGCAAUCCAUAGACGAACCUGCGCAAGCAAAUCCCUAGCCUGGGUGGUCAUCCGAUGCAUUCCGUGUCGGGCUUCUCAUCACAGCUUGGCAUUCAGUCGA